CCGGAUUAGCCACUCGGCUAUUUAUACAAACUCGACCUACUCAGCGCAACUGUUCAUAUUGAAGUCCAUAGCGGAGUGCACGCGCACUUAUCGGAAAAUAAACGUUCGAAAAUUGAAUUGUCAAAUAUUUUUUUUUAUAUUUUUUCUUACUGGACUUUUUGGAAAUAUUAAGCGAUUGUAUGGUUAAAUAUUAAAAAAAAUACAAGUGAAUUUAUCGACUGUGUGAGAAAUUAUUGUUAAAAUGUGUGAACUUUUUCAUUGAGUGAAGGCAUUGACGUCUUGUUUUGAUUCUGUUUAUAUUUAUCUAACAAAAUAAUAUCAAAAUGGCGGCAGACUUUUCGUUCGCCAACGCGUCAGUGGAGAAUGGAUUCUCCGACAUGUUCAAUGGCCAUUUGAAAGCUAUUGGCAGAAUGUUCUACAUCCAUUCACCGCAAGAGACCAUGUUUGAGAAGAAGGAAGAUGUCCCCAAUUUUUUCAGACAAUCAUGGCCGUAUUUUCUUAUGUUCAUGAUACUGGAACACAUCGUCUUGAGACUGGAAGGCAAGAAGGGAAUCCGACUGAACGACGGUAUAACAAGCAUAUCACAUGGUAUUCUGCAAGAGUGCGGAAGGUUAAUAUGGCGAGGGGCGGAGUCCUAUCUUUACACCUGGAUAUACUCCAACUACAGGCUGCUGGAAUUACCCUGGGACCACACUGUCACGUGGUACGCCGCAGCCCUGGGAGUAGACUUCUGUUACUACUGGAUGCACAGAGCUUGCCAUGAGGUACACAUCUUGUGGGCCCAGCAUCAAGUGCACCACACGUCUGAGGACUUCAACAUGGGAGUCGGCAUCAGACAAUCGGUGUUGCAAGGAUGGUGUGGAUUUGUAUUCUACCUGCCUCUAGCGUUGGCCAUACCCCCAGCUCAGUUCGUGAUGCAUCACCAGUUCAGCUACCUCUACAUGUUCUGGAUCCACACGGAAGCUAUCAAGAGCCUGGGACCUUUGGAGUACAUCCUGAACACACCUAGUCAUCAUAGAGUUCAUCAUGGAAGCAACAAGUACUGCUUGGACGUGAACUACGGAGGGGUUCUCAUAAUCUGGGACCGGAUAUUUGGGACUUUCAGACCGGAGACAGAUAAGGUGGAAAUCAUCUACGGCCUCAUUUACAACCAGCCUUCCUUCAACCCCUUAUAUUUGCAGGCUUUCUACACGGGAUACGUAAUUGAAAAAUUCAGAAGCUUUGAGUCGGUGGGAGAUAAAUUCCGAGCAGUAUUUUGGGGUCCCAGCUGGGAACCUGGGACCCCACGGCUGGGGGAGGAGGCGCUUAAAGUUGACGUUCAACAACGCGACAAAUACGACGUACAAUUACCAGCGUGGUGCAAUCUAUACCUGGUGUUGCAUUACUCUGUGGUUUUGUAUGGAUUCUUUGAGCUGGCCGCUAGAUAUAUGGGUAUGACCCCAAUCUCGGUUCUUAUCUUCGUUUUUUACACAAUAGCAUCACUGACUAUCAUAGGGAUGCUCUUCGACAACUCGAAGUACGCUCCCUUACUCGAAGUUAUCCGUUGCUCGGCCUUGGCUUUUGUGGCCAGAAGCGUGUCAACUACCAACCCAACUUGGGGAACAGCUUUGCAGGUCUUCUACGUAGUGUCUGCUAUGUUUUGGGGGUUAAAUAUGGUCAAAUUGUUCGAAAUUAAAAGAGCAAAAGUUGAUUAGAUAUGUAUAGUCAGAUUAUGAUGUUUUCUAAAUUUUUUUAUGGAUAUUUUCAUGAGAGUGUUGGGUACUGCAGAGAGUCAAACUAUUCAUGAGCGUUAAAAAGGUAUAAGUCUUACCUAGAGGUAGAAAGAGAGAGAAUAUAAACUCUGUGAGUUUACAAGUUUAAAAACUUCGAAAGUUAAUUUGAAAAAUAAAUAGUUCGUAAUUUUUCCUACUUUGUUAUCGCUUAUGCACGUCUAUAUUAAAUAUGCUAAAAUGUCCAUAAAAAAAAAUUAAUUUUGAAGAAGUAUCAUUUUGAAAUAUUUAGUGUAAUUAUCGACUGAGUAAGUAGGUACUAUAUUAGAUGAUAAUUUGUGACUGAUAUACAACUCAUUGUAUGUAGUUAUUGAUUGAAUGAUGAUUGAUGAAAUGUUACAUUACAUCUUCAUAUACAUAUAUAUAAACGAGUACUUUGCCAUUACUAUAGUUAUAAUAACGUUUAUUUCAGAAAAAAAUCGGUAGUUUUCACAUUGUAUAGUUAAACGCAUUAUCUAUAAAUCUGUAAAAACGAGUUAUAAAAUGCUGCAAACCAAAUAAUUACAAAAUAAUUUAAUUUUUAUUUCGUAGUAAAUAUAAAAUAGUUUAGUUGGCAUUGCAUUUCAUAAUAGUAUAGGUGUUUGAUAUAAAAGAUCAUCCUUGUAAGUAAAACAUAAUAUUAUUUUAAACAGAUCAAUACUUGUAUUUUAAUUUUUAGUCUAUAGCAAUA